AUGAAAGUUCAACACGCCUUGUGCCUUGCAGCUCUAUUGCUCCUUCUUAUUGCUCAUUUCACAUUCGCUCUCGAUGUGAACACUUCUCUCUAUCCAAAACUCUCCAAUGCCGUCUGUAAGAGAAAGAUUGACAUUGUUAGAGAAUUCAAAACUGUUCGUUUCGUUACAAAGGCAGGAUGUAUUGAUAGAAGAAAUGCCACUGCCAUUGGUGCUUUCGCUGAUCUUGAAUUCUUUGCUUCAGUUGUCAAAUUCCCAAUGCUCGGUAUGAAUGCCAAGACUGUGGUCACUGCUCCACAAACUGGUAAAGCUAUCACAGUUGUCGUUGGUAACGCUUUCGGAUUUGAUGAAGUUCUUGAAUAUAAGGAAGUGAAUGGAAAGGAAGGUUUCCAACCUGGUAAUGACACUGUUGUUAGAAGUGUGAGACUUGGACAAGUGGAUUGGACUGUUGAUUCUGUGUCAAGAACCGCAUUGAAUUCUGCCAACACUUCCUAUGUCUAUCAAGCAGUUGUUUCCACUACUGUUCCAAACUUUUGUUCUAUUAAGAUUACUACUAUGGUCACUUCUGAUGCAGUCACUUUCACUUCACCAAAGAUGGUCAACAGAACUGGAGUUGUUCAAGUUUUGAACCCAUCUACUUUGAAGGUUACUUUGGAACUCACUGGAAUUACCUACUCUGCAUCUGAUUCAUUGGUCGCUUUGGGAUCUGUUGUUGCUUUCAGAGGUAACAGAAGAGAUAAGCCAAUUCAACCAGCCAGUGAAGAGAAGCCAGAUGAUGCUACCAGUGAUCAAACUGUCAAUCAAUUCGAUGAUGAUGUCAACACUCAAUUGGGUGGAAGUAAUGUUGCUGCUCUUCCAAAAGGAUUCUUCUCAUUCCAAAACUUCGUAUCUCGUUGGAACACUUCUGCUCCAACAGUUAUUACCAGAGGUAAAUUCGUUGCUUCCCCAAUGGUUCCAUUCCAACCAAGCCAAGAUGGUGAAACUACUUUGAGAGAUCGUGUUGAUUCUAAUGCUGCAAUGGUUAGAUUCUACAUGUCUAUUACUGAACGAGUGGACGCAUUUGUUUGGGAUCCAAGCACUGGUUCAAGUGAAGACUCUUCCUAUUUGAGCAACUCUGCUGCAAGAAAUGGAGCAGCUGGUUUCGUUGGUAUGAUUGUUACUUUGCUUGCCAUGUUUGCAUUCUUGUUUUAA